CCGGGUGUUUUUUUUUGUAUGGUUUGUAUUGUUUGUCGGUCUAGUUUGUAUUGUUUGUACAGUUCAUACGUUUGUAAUGUUUGUAUGUUUUGUCGCUCUAGUUUGUACUGUUCGUAUGUUUGUAUGGUUUGUACUGAUUGUAAAUCCAGUUUGUGUACUUUGUAAUUUUCCAUAAUACCCAAACUACCCCUGUCAUUAAUUAAAUAGCCCUUCCCACUUUUUAACCAUUAGAUUGAAGUGUCCAGAUCUAAUGGCUAGGAGGGGCUUAGUCAAGUGACUAAGGACCCCCCCCUUAGUCAUGGGAUCCGCUCUCUAUUUCUAUGGCCUUUCAACUUUACUAGGACGGAAUGCCCGCGCUGCGCGGCGGGACUCAAAAUUAUUGGGAUAAUUAUUUAAUCGGUAAUCUGUCAAUCAAUGUUGUGAACGAUAACAUUAGCAAAAUUACAAAAGAGAUUAUGCCUACAUUAACAACUUUUGAAUGCUGAAGGCAAUUGUGUAUCGUACACAAUUAUUUUCUAAUGAGGGCGGCCAGUUACUGCAAUGCUAUAAUCUAAAUUGUGAAUAGACUAAUACCAAUUGAGAGAGAAAAGGAGAUCAAAACUUAAUACAACCCAAAUUGGUGGAAACCCGAACAUAGAGGAACGAAGAAGUCAAUUAGAUUAUUGAGCUAACAAAAUCCCGAAAAAUAGUUGAACAAAGACAUAGCCUAUACAAAAAUAUCAAAAGAAAUCAAACCAAACAACCCAGAAAGCACACAAAAAAACCAAACACGAUCUUGGUCAUGCUAACAAAUCUGGUCUAAGAUAUUUUGUGAUGAAACUGUUGCUGCAAGGCGUUCUAUAAUCGCGCAACCUGAAAAAUAACAUGACAUAAGGCACACAAUCAAUUGGCAUGAGAGAAAGUACUAAGAGAUGGACGAAUAUGCAGGUCAGAACAUAAAAGGAAUGAGAAAUGGUGUGAAGUCAGGCGACACCAGCACAUAAGACAAAAUCCCAAACCCUUAAAAGUUGUUAAUAUAUGCCAUUAAGAUAUGGCUUGAAUCCAGCAUGCUUUUCUCUGCUAACCAUGACACUUACAAUUAAGUUUAUUUUGUUGCAAAGCAAACUAACCAAGCUGAUAUCAUCUAAAGGGCAGCGUGACAUUUUGUUUGCCUCCAACAAAGCAAACAGGUAGUUGGAAAAACAUGUCAUACAGUUCAAGAGAUGGAUGGCUAUAUCAAACACAAAGGAACUUACUAUACCUAGCGAACACCAACAAAAAGGAGACAAAAUACAACAUACAAAGGACAGUACAAAAUUACAUCUGAGGUAUCGCAGCAUGCUGUUGCUAACAAAUCAUGAAGUUAAAUCAUAUCUACUUGACAGAAUGAUGAGUAAGUUGAAAUCGUUGAAGGUCAACAAUAUAGUAUGUAAAAGAGCCUUGCAAGUCCCAUGGAGCAGGCUGCGAAAGGGGAGUGAGAUUGAUGAAUUAGAAAGAAUCACCUAUCUAAUUGAAAUUCCGAAAAGACACACCAGCAGAGUCCAAGGUAAAGGAAAGGAAAAUGAAUCAUUUUGAAAACAUAGCAUUUUCAGGCCACCUCUAUAAAUCAUAAGGAACAUGAAAACAAUAAAUUGAAUACAAUUGAACAUAUGAAUCAUUUACCAAGUCCACAACUUUUCAGGAUUUUAUAGCAGGCAAUCAGCCACUUACCAUUGAUCAAACUUAACUUAUUAUCUAGCAGAUAUAGUAGAUUUUUUUCUUCAUAUGGUAGCUUGAUCAUUCAAAUCAUUUCACAUCAUGAAAACAUAAACAUAUUCUAUUAUGAUAAGAAUAUGACAACCACAAAGUCUACAUGAGAUCACAAUAGAGAAAGUUAUAAACUGGUCAAUUUAAAAAUUUGAGAAAGUAAAGAAAGGUGCGUUCAAGUUAGCAAAUCCAUGACAACAGUGGUGCCACAAUUCUAUCUAUUUUAGUUUUACUAAUAUAAGGAUUCAGAUGAGAAAGGCAUCAUGGAAAGGAAGUUGGAAGGCAAAUUGAGCAAAGACUUCCUGGAAGACACCCUAACCUGCUCACUUGCUCGUAGUCGAAAUCUACCGCUGAUGAUUCCACAAUGCAAUUAACGAACCUGGCACCCUGCUCCAACUGUAUCCCUGACCCCAAACAUAACACAUAAGACGUCUCAAAACUGGGUUUGUAGGAACAAAAGUUUGAGACCGAGCUGGUUUAAUAUGAUGAAGCAAGAGAAGAUGCAGCGGUCUUGCCCUUACCACAUAGGCAAUGGGAGGUUGUUAAAUAAAUGAUAACAAAGCGUACAAAUUAAAGCAUAAGCAAGCAAGCAGGGACCACGAAAGCUGAUCUCCAUGAGAAGAAAGCUAACCAUGAAGCGACAUGAAUCAAUAACAGAGAAGAGAAGCCACUGCACAAAGAAAGUAGAGUAAGAAUGAGAAGCUAUGAGCAAAAUGAAGAAGUUCACAGAGCAUACUGAACACAUUAUGGGAGUCACUGGACAUUGUGAUUAGCUUCAACCAUUAUCUUAAGUUUGCAAAAACGUACAUUGAGAGAAACAUAACUCAAUCCUAGGAACAAUAAUUGAAGUUAAUAGCGGGAACUAACUGAUAAACCUCUCUCCAUAAGCUCGUAUAAAUUGGUGUUCUACUGAGGAUGACAUUUGAGAUCCAAAAAUACUGACACAAGCAAUGACAAUAUUUUGUAUCUCCAGGUUUAAGGAAGGAAUGCAUAGAAAGCAGGGAAAUGAUCAGGAAGGAGAUGGAGACAUGGACUAAAUUGAAUCCGCUAUAGGAAAAUAGAGACCAGGCUUUAACAUUACCUUCUCUUCCUCAUCUUAGAACAACAAUAUUUAGCUCUCGUCCUCUCGACUGCAUCUGCAGGUCAUUCCCUAUUGGUACUGCAAAACACUGCAAAAAAGGAAAAACAAAGAACCGAGACCACAUUAGGAAACAAAAAAAAUGUAAAAGGAAUAAAAGUAGAAGUUAAAAGAAGGAACGAACCUCAAGUAUUCAUAGUGAUAUUCCACCUGAGGUAAGAAGAAAAAAAAUUCUACUGUGGAGGGGAUCCUCAGCCCAACACACUUGAAAACCAAUUUAAUCAGAAUGAAAUUGGUUUUGAAACACCAAUCUGUUUUUUUACAUGUAGAUAAAAAGGGUUGGAUGACUUCCACUCAACACACUAAAACCAAAGAAGGCUGUUUGGAAAAUCAGGACAUCCUUUGUUCUAAAAAAGGAUACAAAACCACCAAUGAAGCUUCAGGAAAAAGUGAACAAACCAUUUUGAGAAAGGAACCAACAAAUCAAUCAGAUAAUCAUACAAGAAGUUAAGAACCAACACACGGUAUCCUCUAAUAUCUCUACAAACUGUUGUGGAUUGGCCAAUGCUGUAUAAACAACCAGAGAUAGCUAAACCACCAAUUGUAAUCAAACUCAGUAUACAGACAAAUAAGGAUCCUUCAAUAGAAAAGAGAUGGUAAACAAACCCAAACACACAAAAAUUGGAGAAUGAAGGUUAAGAAUGAAA